GGGAGAUUUCAUGUCACUUCCUCUCCUGUAGAUUCAAUAGAAAGAGAGAGGAUACUCUCUCAUAGUUUUCACAGAAAAAAGUGUUCCUAUUUGAAAAGUUCCCUUCUAUUCCUGUUCUGGUGGAAAUUCGAAAUAUUGAAUUUACCCUCACUUAUAUUCACGGGGCGGACUGACAACUCAUGGGGCCCCCGGGCAAUAGGGGAUCAUGGGGCCCCUGUGUCCUUGCCCAAACUCAAAAAAGCCUAUGAAAAAGGUACCAGGGGCGUCUCAUGAGGCCCCCUACUGACCCCGGGCCCUUGCGCAGUGCCCGAGUUUCCAAAUGGUCAGUCCGCCCCUGCU